CCCAGCACUAAUUCAAAGUCAUUUCUGCACUCGUGAACAAAAGUGCUGUGCAACAAAAUUUUGGAAUAGUACAAAAGAACAGAAACAGAAACUGAAACAGAGAGCAAGCCUACAAAAAUUGUGUUGCAAUAGUGCAGUUUCACCCACACUCACAUCUAAACGAACGAACAAAAUUUUUAAUUUAAUUUAAGUGCAUUUUAUUUAUCGUUUACUUCGUUAACUUUAAUCCCUAAGACUUAUUCUAUCAAAAUGGUUGUAAAUUUCAAAGUCUUCAAAAAGGCAUCGCCCAACAACAUGAUCACCCUGUAUAUGAACAGGCGUGAAUUUGUCGACUCGGUGACACAAGUGGAACCAGUGGAUGGUAUCGUGGUUCUCGACGACGAGUAUGUGCGCCAGAAUCGUAAAAUAUUUGUGCAGCUCAUCUGCAAUUUCCGCUAUGGCCGUGAGGAUGAUGAGAUGAUCGGUUUGCGUUUCUCCAAGGAACUGAUUCUGGUCUCGCAGCAAGUGCAUCCCGAACAAAAAGUGGAUAUUACGCUGACCAAAAUGCAGGAGCGUCUACUCAAGAGAUUGGGCCAAAAUGCAUUCCCCUUUGUCAUGGAAAUGCCAACUAGCUCUCCCGCUUCGGUGGUCUUGCAACAAAAGGCCAACGAUAACUCUCAGCCUUGCGGGGUGCAAUAUUUCGUAAAAGUAUUUACGGGUGAAAGCGAAUGCGAUCGUUCCCAUAGACGCAGCACCAUCAAUUUGGGCAUACGCAAGGUGCAGUAUGCCCCAACCAAACAGGGAAUCCAACCAUGCACUGUGGUGCGCAAGGAUUUCCUUUUGUCACCAGGCGAGCUGGAACUGGAGGUCACCUUGGACAAACAGCUGUAUCAUCAUGGCGAAAAAAUAGCCAUAAACAUUUGUGUGCGUAACAACUCCAAUAAGGUGGUGAAGAAAAUCAAGGCCAUGGUGCAGCAGGGUAUCGAUAUAGUGCUCUUCCAAAAUGGGCAAUUCCGCAAUACCAUAUCGUUUUCGGAAAGCGCCGAGGGAUGCCCUUUGAAUCCGGGCUCCAGCCUACAAAAAGUUAUGUAUUUGGUGCCCACUUUGGCAGCCAAUUGUGACCGUGCUGGGGUAGCUGUCGAAGGUGAUUACAAACAUAAGAAUACCUCAUUGGCUUCAACAACAUUGGUUGCCAGUCCUGAGGCUCGUGAUGCCUUUGGCAUAAUUGUCUCCUAUGCCGUAAAGGUCAAAUUGUUUUUGGGUGCUUUGGGUGGUGAAUUGUGUGCUGAACUACCAUUCAUUCUAAUGCAGCCCAAGCCCAGCCGCAAACAAUUGGAAGCAGCUGAAAAUGAAGAAGCUUAAAUGGAACGCCACUAGAAGCAAUCACUUGGGGCUGUUUGCUCAUUAGGAUGAAACCAAAAACCAAACAAAAGCAAGAACAGAACAGAAACUGUUCGUUUCAAAAUGUAUGCAUGUUCUUCUAUUAUUUCUGUGUGAUUCUAUAUCAACUACUUAUGAAAACUGUUACAACAAACAAAAUACUAUAUAUACCUAUUAGUAA